AUGCAGUGUUUGGGUCAUUCCGACUGCGUCGAGCCCUGUUCCUGGCACCAUUUCCAUGUUCCUGGUUCCUGUUCCUGGAUCGUUGCUAACCCUGGUUACCGGAUCAAGGUUACCAAACUUUGCGGACCUGAGCCUUUCACCAAAUAUGUCGUCUUCGGCGUUGUUGCUACUCAACUUACCAGCGCAUACCUCCUCCGCAAUACCUCCAUCCUCGACUGGCGGUUCCUGGCCACCGCGUACCUGAUAGGUGCCACUGCCAACCAGAACCUCUUCCUGGCAAUCCACGAGAUCUCGCACAACCUUGCCUUCAGAUCACCACUGGCGAACCGCCUGCUGGCGAUCUUCGCAAACCUCCCUAUCGGUGUGCCCUACAGUGCUGCGUUUAGACCCUACCACCUUACCCACCACAAGUCCCUUGGUGUCACCGGUCUGGAUACCGAUCUCCCCACCGCACUCGAAGCCUUCUUCCUUGACUCCGUCCUCGGCAAGACCUUCUUCUGCACCUUCCAAAUCCUCUUCUACGCUCUGCGACCCAUGUUCAUCUACAGCCCGCCCUUCACCUCAAUCCAUCUCAUCAACCUGGCCGUGCAACUGAGCUUCGACUACAUCCUGACGAAAUUCACCGGCUCCCUUCAACCCUUCUACUACCUGAUCGCCAGCUCCUUCCUCGCGGGAUCCCUGCACCCCUGCGCAGGCCACUUCAUUGCCGAGCACUACUUCUUCUCAAAGGUCAAGACAGGCGGAACAGAGUCCCUUCUGGAACUGAAGUUCAAGCCACAAGCCAAGACCGAUGGUCCCUCCGUGCUCGACAACCUAUCCCCGCCAGAGACAUACUCCUACUACGGCCCGCUGAACAUCCUCACCUACAACGUCGGCUUGCAUAACGAACACCAUGAUUUCCCUGCUAUCCCAUGGACGAGACUACACAAGUUGCACGACAUUGCAAAGGAGUUCUAUGAGCCUCUUCCUUGCCACCGCAGCUGGGUGUGGGUUAUCUGGACCUUCAUCCUUGAUAAGGAUGUGGGUCCUUGGUGCCGUGUCAAGCGUGCGCAGGGCGGACGUGUUGUCGGCGGUGGAAGUACCGGCAAGACGAAGGCGUCUGCUGGGCGUGGAGGUGAAGGUAUCUCGGCUGCGUCGGCGGGACCGGACGGCGAGGAGAGUGAUGGUUGGAAGGAGAGUGAGAUUCAGUGUUAA